CCGCGUCGUGCGGUGCCUAUCCUCCUCGCUCCUCCCGCCGCAAACCACACCGCCCUCCGUCCGUCUCCCCAGCAAUUCCCAAAUCGCCCCUCCGCCGAAACGGGAGCUGCUCCUCCGCGGCGGCGGCCCCCAACUCCAACCCAUGGCCCUCUCCCGCCGCCUCCUCCCACUCUUCCUCCGCCGCGGCGCCGGCGCCGGAGCCCGCGCGCACCUCUCCAUGGCUGCCGCGGCCGCGCCAGCGGCGUCCGCCUCGGAGGAGGAGGACGAGCAGUCCGUCACCGUCAAGGGCGUCCGCAUCUCCGGCCGCCCGCUCUACAUGGACAUGCAGGCCACCACCCCCGUGGACCCGCGGGUCCUCGACGCCAUGCUCCCCUUCUACCUCUCCCGCUACGGCAACCCGCACUCCCGCACCCACCUCUACGGCUGGGAGUCCGACGCCGCCGUCGAGGCCGCGCGCGCCCGCGUCGCCGCCCUCGUUGGCGCCGACCCGCGCGAGAUCUUCUUCACCUCCGGCGCCACCGAGUGCAACAACGUCGCCGUCAAGGGCGUCAUGCGCUUCUACCGCGACCGCCGCCGCCACGUCGUCACCACGCAGACCGAGCACAAGUGCGUCCUCGACUCCUGCCGCUACCUGCAGCAGGAGGGGUUCGAGGUCACCUACCUCCCCGUGCGCGGCGACGGCCUGGUCGACCUCGCGCAGCUCGAGGACGCCAUCCGCCCCGACACCGGCCUCGUCUCCGUCAUGGCCGUCAACAACGAGAUCGGCGUCGUGCAGCCGCUCGAGGAGAUUGGGCGCAUCUGCAAGGAGAAAGGCGUGCCGUUCCACACUGAUGCCGCGCAGGCGCUGGGAAAGAUCCCGAUUGAUGUCAACAGGAUGGGGAUUGGCCUCAUGUCCCUCUCCGGGCACAAGAUUUAUGGCCCCAAGGGCGUCGGGGCGCUCUACCUUCGCCGCCGUCCGCGUAUCAGGGUGGAGCCGCAGAUGAGUGGUGGUGGGCAGGAGCGUGGCAUCCGCAGUGGCACGGUGCCCACGCCGCUAGUUGUUGGAUUCGGUGCUGCCUGUGAGAUUGCGGCUCAGGAGAUGGAUUAUGACCAUAGGCGAGUCAGUGCCCUGCAGCAGAGGCUGCUCGAUGGCAUCCGUGCGCAGGUCGAUGAGGUUGUCAUCAAUGGAAGCAUGGAGCACCGUUACCCAGGCAACCUCAACUUGUCAUUUGCAUAUGUGGAGGGGGAGAGCUUGCUGAUGGGGCUGAAGGAGGUUGCUGUAUCGAGUGGUAGCGCUUGCACUAGUGCCAGCUUGGAGCCCUCAUACGUGCUGCGGGCGCUUGGGGUGGAGGAGGACAUGGCGCACACCUCAAUUCGCUUUGGUAUUGGCCGCUUUACCACCGAGGAAGAGGUUGACAGGGCAAUUGAGCUCACUGUGCAUCAGGUGAAGAAGCUCCGUGACAUGAGCCCACUCUACGAGAUGGCCAAGGCUGGUAUUGACCUCAAGAGUAUUGAGUGGUCGCAGCACUGAGGUGGCUUUCAUGACAAUCAGUCACUUGAAAGUGCUUUUGAUGUACACGAUCGCUUAAUUAGGUACCUCAUUUUUGGAACUCUUUCAGGCUUAAUGUCUGGUACUGUGAAGACAUUCCAGUGGGUGGGAUGAUCUCGAUACUCAGACUACCACGUGAUUCACAUCAUGUUAUACAGGAACUUUCUAUUGCUCGGCUCUUGGGUGGGGCGCUGAGAUGUAUUCUGGAGGAUUAGCUCUGUUUUUGUUGUCGUAGAGUAUCUUGACACAAUAAGGAUACUUCAAAUACUCGGUAAUGUAUCAUCUGAAAUAAAGUUUGAAGUAGCGAGCAGUGGCAGUGCUGCGCAUAUAGCUUGGUGAUGAUAAAAAUUGAUGUUAUUUGCUCCAUUCGGUAGCUCUUAAUUUGUUCUUGUCAGGUCUUAUA